AUGAUAAGUACAUUUGAUAAUUUAGCGGUGAUUUCCGAUGAAUUUGUCAAAAAUGAUCAAUCAUUUGAAUCUGUAACAAUGAGAAUUGUUGAUAUUCUUUGCAGUCUAUUGAAAGGAGACACUGAUCAAGUCGAAGCAAAUUUAAUGAAAAUAUUGGUCAAUCAAUAUUUAAAAACUUUUCAAUGGAAUACCAGAGCUGAUAAAUCACUUUCAGCAAUACCUGAAAAAUUGAAAGAAAUAAGUACAUUUGAUAAUUUAGCGGUGAUUUCCGAUGAAUUUGUCAAAAAUGAUCAAUCAUUUGAAUCUGUAACAAUGAGAAUUGUUGAUAUUCUUUGCAGUCUAUUGAAAGGAGACACUGAUCAAGUCGAAGCAAAUUUAAUGGUAAAUGAUACUGAUAAAUCACUUUCAGCAAUACCUGAAAAAUUGAAAGAAGUUAGUCUAUGUUGUAUAUUUAUGUGUACAAAAUCUGCUCACUAUAAUCAAAUUAAAGAAAAUUUACAAAGGAAAUUUUGUAGUUUGUUAUUUGUUAAAAAAGAACAUUUUGUUUUAGAUUCUGAAUACUUGGAAAGUAAUACUUUUGUGGAUGUUGAAUGGUACUCUAAAUAUGAAACUAUUACUCAAAUGAUUGUACUGCAAUCUUCUCAAAAAAUUGCAGAAGAUAGUGAUUAUGGAUUGUUUACAAAAGGAUGA